GAGCUGCAGCACAGAGCAGAGCUAGGCAGGCGAUGAGGAGAGUGGGCGUCAUUGCGUCUCUCUGGUGGUGGAUGGUGAUGAGGUGGAAGAGACAGACCACAAGUCGACUUCCGACGGGGCGUCUGUGCACACGACGUUGAAGCCAAAUUGGCGCCAGUCCGCCCGCGUGCGGUGCAUCUCCCUCUCUCUCUUCCGGCGGCUGCGAUCCCAUCUUCUCUUUCCCUCCUCACCAUCCGCCCCAGCUCUCUCGAGCGAGCGAGCGAGCGAGCGAGCAUGACUAUCCUAACCUCCUCCACCGACUCAGAUACACGCGCUCUGGUCGAGGCACAAUGGCUGUUCACCGAGUCGGACCUCUCUUCCACGCCCACCGUCCUCGCUGGGCUGAUGAGUGUUGAGGAGGAAAGAAAGGCUAGGACGAGGGGGGUAAGCCUCCUCUUCAGGGUGGGCGAUAGAUUGCAGCUGAUGAGCCAUGUAGUCACUUCAGCGGCCAUCUUCUUCCAUCGGUUCUUCAUGAGGAGAGCGAUGCGACCGAUUGGACACAGGGAUGCUAUUGGCGCGCAGCCGACAUUUGUCCCACAAGACGUGGCCCUUGCCUCCCUAUACCUAGCCACAAAGACAGAGGAGAGCUACCGCAAGCUCAGCGACCUCGUUUCGGUCGGGCUGGAGAUGGAGCCUAUGGUGACCGAGACGCUCGAGCAGCCUACGGAGCAAAGCCUCCGCGCCUCCAUCCUGCGACACGAAGAGCUUCUCCUCCCUACACUCUGCUUCGAUCUCAUCGUCCCUCACCCGCAAAAGGAUCUUAUUCUCGCGGCGAACAAGAUGGCCAUCGACAAGCCUCUCCUCCGUAUCGCGUACGCCCAUAUCCACGAUGCGUUUCGUGACCCGAUCUGCAUGUUCUUCGAGGCGCCCGUCCUCGCCGCAGGGGCACUGGCGCUGGCUUGCGAGGAUCUUGGGAUACCGGUGCCGGGCGAGGGGGUGAAGGAGGGGGAGGGGUCUACUUCGACCGCAGUAGAGGAUGGCGAGGCACGACCGCCGACGCUGUUGGAGGCGUUCCAAGUCGAUCAGGAGGAAGUGGAUGCGGUCGUGAAGGACCUCAAGGCCGUCCGCGAGGUGCUCUUCGCUGAUCCGAAGCUCUACCUUAGCUCAGGCAGGUUUGCGCCUGCCUCUGCAGCAGCAAAAGCAGCAACAGCAGCGCAAGCACAACGCAGCGGCAUCGACUCCGGCCUGGCCACGCCGCACCAUCAGUAUCGUCACAGAGAGACUUCUCAGCCGACGGCGAGCUCGAUGGGCAAUACGCCGAUCCUGAGGGGAAUCAGCGCGGCGGACAUGGGCGUGUCACCCUUGCCACCGCCGCCGAUGGAGAGGGUUGCGGCUAGUGUGGCUGCUCAUGGCUCAUCGAGGCCUGACUUGGCGAGGCCGCCGAGUAGGCACGGCAGCGUGAGGUCGGAGGGAAUGGCAUUUGGGGCUGGGCCGUCGUCUAAUCCAGCAGGAGGGGCACAAAAGCCGAAGCAGGCGUCGUACGUGCCUCUUUCCCCUGUAUUAGCACCGCCGGAGGAAGAGCAAGCACCUGGACCCGCAACAGUCGAAUCAAGUACGGCCGCUCGACCAAAUCCCCCAUCGCAACCAGCCCCGGCCUCCCGUCCAGCCAAAUACGUCCCUCUCUCCCCGCCCAACUAUAGCGAUCCAGUACCCAUGGAUACCGACUCAUCGCCCGCACUACGGCCGUCUCAGUCCCAGCAGCCGCGUCCACCAACGUCAGUCAUGGCCUCGGCAGCUGCCACGCCCGUGCAACGUCCACGAGUCGCAGAGCAGGAGGCGGCACAGAAGGUGGGGAGGGAGCAGGAGAAGAGCGAGAGGGCGGCUGUCUCGGCAAUACCUGCUGAUCACGAAGAAGGGGAGAUAGAUGAAUGAGUUGAGUGCAAUGCUAUGUGCUCGCUACCUUGCUUGCGAUGCUAUUCUGAUCAUG